UAAGUACAUUUUUGUCGUUUUUCAAACGGCUAUAACUUGCAAAGUAUAGCAUCAAUAGGCAUUUUAUGUAUAUCGUUGAAAUCGGCAGAGUCUGGAGACUUAACUGAUAGGCAAUACAUUCCGAUUCCUUUCAAUUUUUAAACCCUGAUAAUCCCUUUAACAAACAGCAAGAUUCUUACAGAUAACAAACAGUGUAUGUGGUGUGUUUGAGUGGCUCCCAUUUCAUCAUGGGGGCUGUUCAAAUAUUUCUUACUUGUGUAUGAAUCGAAAUUCAUCUAUAUGUCAUUGACAUGGCAGAGGCUGAGGAAGAACCGGUUGAUCCACGUGUGCCGGUUGAGCUGGAACGCCUGAAUGCAUCAUCAGACGAUAUCAACAGGCUUGAAAAUAAGUUGGAGGAGGCCAAUGCCUUGUUCCGGACGACGCUAAACAACUCGACAGCCAGUCUGAAGCUUCUCUCGCGCCGGCUGGGCUCGGCCGUGGAGAAGGCGAGGCCGUACUAUGAGGCGAGGGAGGCAGCGCGCCGCACCCAGCUCGACUGCCACUGGGCCGCCGUGCAGUUCCAACGGGCCAGCGUGCUGCACCAGAACGCGCGCGAGACGAUCCGCCUGGCCGAGGAGCGUUUCCUGCCGCGCCAGAGCGGCGCCGACCAGCCGCCGCCGCCGUCGCCCCAGUACCAGUUCGACAGCGCCUGGCAAGAGCUGCUCAACCACGCCACCAUGAAACUGCUCGAGGCCGAGCAGCUCAAGCACGCCAGCGAGAGCGAACACCUGCGGCGGGCCAACACCUUCGCCAAGGCGCAGGCCAAGUUGAAGCACCUGGAGCGCUCCUUGGAACGGUUCGUGGCGCGCGCCCGGCCCUACUUCGAGCAGCGAGAGGUCGUUCAGCAGGAGCUCCUCAGACAGAAGGCAACUAUUCAGCAGCUGCAGCGGACACUGGGCGCCGCCAAGUCCCGAUACAGCUCGUCUCUGCGAGAACUGGAGAGCAUCUCUGAACAGAUUCACGAGCGCCGACGCAUGAGGGAGCUGAAGCCGGACCUGGUGUCGAUGGACCUGGGCGCCGCUGAGCUGGACGCUGGGAUAGAGCUGGACGGCGAGUCGGCCACUAGCGACUAUCAGGAGGACUUCCGACUCAGCCAGGAGCAACAGUACUGGGCGGAUGUCCGGGAGCAGAUCGAAGCCAUGUCGGCCGGUAUGUACGCCGGGAGGGGUGCUGCAGCGCCGGCGGGCCCGCAGGCGCCGCUGGCAGAGCCGCCGAGCGCCGCUCUCCGCAGGAGGCGGACGCUCUCGGAGCCGGGCGGCGGCCAGCUGGGGUCCGGCGGCGAGCGGAGGCGACCGCCGUCGGCCGGCUGGUAACCUCACCGAGUGUGGUGCCACAUCAGUCUGAAUGUUUGGAGAGGACAUGUAGCGAUACGGCAGCUGUCCGCGUCUGGGCACUGUGUGUGAUACAUGGGACGCCGUCCGCGCCGGACGGUGGUAGGUAUAGUAGACACAGGACACAGCUGUCCAGAACUGAGGAUAGGGUGGGCUCACCCGCCGGCCGGCCGCUCAGAAGAGAUGCGUUCCCUGGACGUGACCCGGUCCCGCUCAUCCCGUCCGGUAUAUUGACUAUAUGGAGGACUACUAUCACACUUCACAGUGCGACCUGCUCGACAAUUUGUACCCUAUGGUACGCUCUGUAGGUUUAGAACGGCUCCGUCCAUAGAUCCCGAUUCCUUGUGCAGCUGCACUGCAGCUUUUCAGGUUCAUGUUUACUGAGCCUAGCGGAUGUCGGUUGUUUAUAAGUAGUGCAAUAGUGGGUGACUUAGCCGCCCGUAGUAAGUGCAGCUGGAUAGCAGCUUAUCAGGUUCAUGUUUUCUGAAUCUGGCAGCAGUCUGUAAGUUUAACUUGUACAUACACCGGUUAGCAUUGCUUUUCUAUUGAGAAGCGUGUUGACUUACUUAGUUAGGUAUUGUUAUCGGCAGCGCAUUUUUGCAGCGUGAUAAGUCCCGAAAGCCUGCAGUGCGAUUAUCGUUAUGGGCAUUGAGUCUUGUGAGUUAGCUUAGUGAUAAUGAUGCUGGUAGGCAUGCUAAAAUGUUCAUGAAUAUGUAUUGUCGAGUUAAGGUGAAAAGACAUUUGUAAGGUUUAUGUGUACAUGCUUAAACGACUUCUCAUAUUUUCCGAAAUUUUCUUCAGAAUUGCCGCUUCAGAGAGUCGUGGAACAAUCUGUACCUACCUAUGUUCUCACUCGCAAUUCACUGAUGGUUGUGCCGUCCUGAAUUUUGGUUAUACAGGCCAAGGCGUCGGUCAAGACCAUGGUAUGUUAUGUAUUUAGCACACGAACUAAUAACGGUGUCGUGGUGUGGUAUCUGCUGCAAAAUGUUUAUUAGAAUAUCUAAUAAUAACAUCUACCGGAAGUUC